CGCUGCUGGACAUGCGCGGAUGUGCGCGGAAUAUGGCGGCCUAGUACCGAGGAAAAAGUACUGAAAACCUGCUGCGAUUUUGAAGAAUAAUCGGCUCUGCUGGCGUUUGCUGUGGUGCUGUGGUCCACGGAGCGCCGGUCCAGACCUCUCUCUGCGCCCCAGGACACCAGAGCCGGGCCUGUAGUGGCACGCUGAGUGACCCACCCGUCCGCCCACCCCUCUCACCUGACACAGGUACACUCCCACCCAGAGGCCAACAUGGGCAGAACUGCAGUGAAAGACCAAAAAGACAGUAAAAAAGAGAAACCAGGCAAGAGCACCUCUUCAGCAGCUCCUCCUCCAAGUAAAGAUACAUUCAGCUGGGAGGAGUAUCUGAAGGAAACUUCAUCUACACCUGCACCCCCAAGCUGCUUCAGACAGUCCAGGAUCCCCCCCAGCAACGACUUCAAGAUGGGCAUGAAGCUGGAGGCCCACGACCCGCGCAACUCCACCUCGGUCUGCAUCGCCACGGUGAUGGGGCUGAUGGGUACGCGCCUGCGUCUGCGGCUGGACGGCAGCGACAACACCAACGACUUCUGGCGCCUGGUGGACUCGGCCGACAUCCAGCCCAUCGGCACCUGCGAGAAGAACGGUGACAUGCUGCAGCCGCCACUGGGGUUCAGGAUGAACGCGUCCUCAUGGCCCAUGUUCCUGCUGAGGACUUUAAGCGGAGCAGAGAUGGCUCCAGCCACAGCUUUCAAAAAGGAGCCUCCUAAACCCACGCAGAACGGCUUCAAGCCCGGGAUGAAGCUGGAAGCAGUGGACAAGAAGAACCCCUACCUGAUCUGUCCCGCCACCAUCGGCGAGGUCAGGGGUGACGAGAUCUUCGUCAUGUUCGAUGGCUGGAGGGGCGCCUUCGACUACUGGUGCAAAUACGACUCCCGGGACAUCUUCCCCGUGGGCUGGUGCUCCCUGACCAAGCACAGCCUGCAGCCACCCGGCAACAGCGUCACCCUCCCAAAGAGUCUCCAGAUCCCAGCGUCAUCGCCCUCAAAGCCCACCAGACGCUCAAUGCAGUCUCCGUACAGACUGAGCUCGCCGCUGCCCCCCCUGCCCGUUCGGAAGGGCGUGCGGGGGCGGCGGCCUAAGAGCCAGACCAUUGCCAUGCUGAAGGCAGCGGCAGAGGCGGCGGCGGCGGCAGCAGCCGCUGCGCAGAACGGCACGGCACAGAGCGCCGCGGCCAAGACUACCUCCGGCACGCAGCUCGCCCCCCGGCCACACAAGAAGAGGGGUCCCAAACCCGGGAGCAAGAGGAAGCCCCGAGUGGUCCAGACCUCAUCUUCAGCAGGUCCACCAGCCGCAGCACAAGAGUCCAGACUUUCCAACGUUCAGGUACCAAAGGAUGGGCCCAGCCACCUCAACGCUGGGCCUGCAGUCGUCUCCACAGUGUGCGUGUACGUGAACAAGCACGGGAACUGUGGGCCGCACCUGGACAGGAAGCAGAUGCAGCAGCUGCCUGACCACUUCGGGCCGGGCCCCGUCAACCUGGUCCUGCAGCAGGCCGUCCAGGCCUGCGUCGACUGCGCCUUCCAGCCCAGCAUCCUCUUCAACUUCCUGCAGUCCGAGUCAGACGGCGGCGAGGUCAUCAAAGUGCGCUCGGAUGGGAGCACCCACUUCGUGCAGCUGCCGUCGGCCAAGAGCGCCUCCUUCGUGCUGCGCUUCCUGGAGACGCUGUGUCACCACCUGCAGUGCGAGAACCUGUUCAGCAGCCAGCCGUUCAGCCCCUAUGUGGCCGCCGGACACACCGCCUAUGACAGGAGCAAGUCAGUAAAAGAGGAGACGUCUGAGGCCUUAUGUGUUAACCGAGGGACCAAGCGCUUCCCGAAGGAGACCCCUCCGUACACUGCCCCCCUGUCCCCAAAACUCCUGCGCUCAGAGGCACACCCCUCAGAAGCAGGCACCCUGCCUCACGAGGAGAAUGGCAUGCUGAAGGAGCAGCGCUUCACGGAGGAGUCCAUGGACUCCGCCUCCAACUCCAUGACGCCCCGCCCCCCGACCCUGCGUAGCUCAUCCGAGUUCCGCGCCCAGGCCAGCACCCCCUACUACCCCAGCCACCCGCCCCCGCUGCACCGCCUGGCCUCCAACCCUCCGGAGGUGGCCUCCACGCGCCUGCACAGACGAGUGGAAGCAGCCAGUUCCACUACCGGCCCUGACCUGCAGGCUGCAGACAGGGAGGCCCCCAGGGGCCCCAAUAAGAGCCCUUCCACCUGGUCCAUCGAGGAGGUGAUGCAGUUUGUGCGGGACGCCGACCCGCUGGCGCUGGGCCCUCAUGCCGAGCUUUUCAGAAAACACGAGAUCGACGGCAAGGCGCUGAUGCUGCUGAGGAGUGACAUGAUCAUGAAGUACAUGGGGCUGAAGCUGGGCCCCGCCCUCAAGCUGUGCUACCACAUCGAGAGGCUGAAACAGCUCAAGCACUAGCGGGAAAGCACGCCCAACCCCCGGACACUAAGAGGGCGGAAACUGGGCCAGCAGCUCUCGUAGGAUCCACCCACGCCCACCCCCACCCUCAGGAGGCCCUCUGUGAAACCCUUCUCUUUAACUCCACCAGGGGGCGUUCUCAGCGAUCUGAGGCUGCAGCGGACACUGGAACCUGUGCUCCGCCCCGGUGUCUCUCGCGCUAAUAACCCGAGACUCGUAUUUAUAUACUGCCACAGUACCUCAUCUUCUCAUCAGCAAGAAAAACGAAGAGUUUUCAGAAUAACAGUGUCAACUCAGCUGAAUCCCAAAGGAUGUCCUGUCUACUGUUUACAUGGCAUAAAACACAGUACAUGCACGCAGACUUUUCAUGACUUUUUUUUUUUUUUUUUAACAAAAACAAACUUUUGGCUCGUGUAUACAUUG